CAGAGCCGGAGCCGGAGCCGCCCGCGCUCGUGCCCGCGCCCGUGCGAAGCAGCCCCGGCCGCGCCCCGCCCGCUGCCGGCUGCGGGCGGCCGCUGCGGGUCUGCAAGGCCCCGGUGAGGGGAACGCCUGAGCCACCGGCCAUGGCCGACCGCGGAUGCCCUCUGGAGGCGGCGCCGCUGCCCGCCGAGGUGCUCGAGAGCCUGGCGGAGCUGGAGCUGGAGCUGUCCGAAGGUGACAUCACUCAGAAAGGAUAUGAGAAGAAGAGGGCGAAGCUGCUGGCUCGUUAUAUCCCCCUCAUUCAAGGAGUGGACCCCUGUCUGCAAACAGAGAGUAGAGUCCCUGGGCCCCUGCUGACUGCACCUACAGCUAAACCACAGAAGCCUCGGGCCAACUCGAGGGAUGAGCGGUUCCGGUCAGAUGUUCACACGGAAGCCGUGCAGGCAGCUCUGGCCAAGUACAAGGAGAGGAAGAUGCCCAUGCCUUCAAAGAGACGGUCUGCCCUUGUGCACUCAUCCGUGGAAACCUAUACACCUCCAGACACGUCAUCUGCCUCAGAAGAUGAGGGCUCUUUACGGCGACCUGGGCGACUCACCUCCACUCUGCUCCAGAGCCAUUCCGGCAUCGAGCCCUGGCUCGACAGGGUCAUUCAGGGCUCGUCCACUUCAUCCUCUGCAUCCUCCACCUCAUCCCACCCGGGAGGGAGACCUGCUGCUGCUCCCAGUGCCUCCACUGCGCUUGCAGGCCUCACGGCCCACGCCCACAUAGAUCCGCACUCCGCCCCACCCGAUGUUACCACUGGGCUUGUGGAACACUCACACUUCGAGCGUCCACAGAUGGCCUCUGUACGAGGUGUUCCUCGAGGGCACGGCAGGAACAUGCUGGAGACCGCAGAUGGUGUGCCUGUGAACAGCAGAGUGUCCUCCAAAAUCCAGCAGCUAUUGAAUACCCUGAAGAGGCCAAAACGCCCUCCUCUGAAGGAGUUUUUUGUGGAUGAUUUUGAGGAGUUACUGGAAGUUCAGCAACCGGAUCCCAAUCAGCCCAAGCCGGAGGGGGAGCAGAUGGCUGUGCUGAAGGGAGAACCUCUGUCAGUGGGGACUUCGGGGCCACCAACUCUGUUGGCUGCACUGCAGCUGUGGGGCACAACACAGCCUAAGGCCCCCUGCCUGACUGCCUUGGAUACAUCGGGGAAAGCCAUCUGCACCCUCACCUAUGGCAAACUCUGGAGUCGGAGCUUAAAAUUAGCUUAUACUCUGCUCAGUAAGCUGACUAGUAAGAAUGAGCCACUGCUUAACCCUGGAGACAGAGUGGCACUCGUGUUUCCAAAUAGUGACCCUGUAAUGUUUAUGGUUGCGUUUUACGGGUGUCUCCUGGCGGAGCUGGUCCCUGUCCCUAUAGAAGUACCAUUAACGAGAAAGGAUGCAGGCAGCCAGCAUGUUGGCUUUCUCCUGGGCAGCUGCGGGGUGACCCUGGCCCUGACCACAGAUGCUUGUCAGAAGGGCCUGCCCAAGGCGCCGACAGGAGAGGUGGCAACUUUCAAAGGUUGGCCCCCCCUGGCCUGGCUGGUGAUUGAUGGGAAGCAUCUGACCAAGCCUCCGAAGGACUGGUACCCGCUGGCCCAGGACACAGGGUCCAGGACCGCCUACAUUGAGUAUAAAACCAGCAAGGACGGCAGCACAGUAGGGGUCACCGUACCCCACUCAUCCCUGCUGGCGCAGUGCCAGGCCCUGACCCAGGUGUGUGGGUACACGGAAGCCGAAACAUUAACGAAUGUGCUGGACUUCAAAAGGGAUGCUGGUCUGUGGCAUGGAGUCUUAACAAGUGUCAUGAACAGGAUGCACGUUAUCAGCAUCCCCUACGCCCUAAUGAAGGUCAACCCCCUCUCCUGGAUCCAGAAAGUGUGUUCCUAUAAAGCCCGGGCUGCCCUGGUGAAGUCCCGAGAUAUGCACUGGUCACUCUUGGCACAGCGAGGUCAGAGGGACGUCUGUCUCAGCUCUCUGCGUAUGUUGAUUGUGGCGGAUGGCGCAAACCCAUGGUCAAUAUCUUCCUGCGAUGCCUUCCUCAACGUCUUCCAGUCUAGAGGUCUGAGGCCAGAGGUCAUCUGUCCUUGUGCCAGUUCUCCUGAGGCGCUAACAGUAGCCAUCCGCAGGCCCCCAGACCUGGGAGGACCUCCACCAAGGAAAGCUGUCCUGUCCAUGAACGGCCUGAGCUACGGUGUGAUCAGAGUUGACACCGAGGAGAAGCUGUCGGUCCUCACUGUUCAGGAUGUCGGCCAGGUGAUGCCUGGAGCUAGUGUCUGUGUCGUGAAGGUAGACGGUGUCCCUUACCUCUGUAAAACUGAUGAAAUCGGAGAGAUCUGUGUCAGUUCUGUGGCCACUGGGACAGCAUAUUACGGGCUGCUUGGCAUCACAAAGAAUGUCUUUGAGACCGUCCCGGUCACUGCGGAUGGAGUCCCUGUCUCUGACCGGCCUUUCACCCGGACAGGUCUUCUGGGGUUUAUUGGGCCUGAGAACCUGGUCUUCGUCGUGGGCAAGCUGGACGGGCUGACGGUCGUAGGAGCACGCAGACAUAAUGCAGAUGACAUUGUGGCUACUGCCCUGGCUGUGGAACCCAUGAAGUUUGUCUACAGAGGCAGGAUCGCCGUGUUCUCUGUGACUGUUCUGCACGAUGACCGGAUUGUCUUGGUGGCCGAACAGCGGCCCGACUCUUCGGAGGAAGACAGCUUCCAGUGGAUGAGCCGUGUGCUACAGGCCAUUGACAGCAUCCACCAGGUGGGCGUGUACUGUUUGGCCCUGGUUCCCGCCAACACCUUGCCCAAGGCUCCUCUUGGAGGAAUUCACAUUUCUGAAACGAAGCAACGCUUCCUGGAAGGGACGCUACACCCAUGUAACGUGUUGAUGUGCCCUCACACAUGCGUUACCAACCUUCCCAAGCCUCGCCAGAAACAGCCAGAAGUCGGACCAGCCUCCAUGAUUGUUGGGAACCUGGUUGCCGGAAAGAGGAUCGCACAGGCCUCUGGGAGAGAGCUGGCCCACCUGGAGGACAGUGACCAGGCUCGCAAGUUCCUGUUCCUGGCGGACGUGCUGCAGUGGAGGGCUCACACCACUCCCGACCACCCGCUGUUCUUGCUCCUGAAUGCUAAGGGCACAGUCACCAGCACGGCAACCUGCAUCCAGCUGCACAAAAGGGCUGAGAGAGUGGCUGCCGCGCUGAUGGAGAAGGGCCGACUAGAUGCUGGGGACCAUGUGGCUUUGGUGUAUCCUCCAGGGGUGGAUCUUAUUGCUGCGUUCUAUGGCUGCCUGUACUGUGGCUGUGUGCCCGUCACUGUGCGACCCCCACACCCCCAGAACCUAGGCACCACACUGCCCACUGUGAAGAUGAUUGUCGAGGUCAGCAAAUCUGCAUGUGUCCUUAGCACACAGGCCAUUACACGGCUGCUCAAGUCCAAAGAAGCAGCUGCGGCUGUAGAUGUCAGGACCUGGCCAACCAUCCUAGAUACAGAUGACAUUCCAAAAAAGAAGGUAGCUAGCAUUUUCAGACCACCCUCCCCAGAUGUGCUUGCAUACUUGGACUUCAGUGUGUCGACGACAGGGAUCUUAGCGGGAGUUAAGAUGUCACACGCAGCCACAAGUGCCUUGUGCCGCUCUAUAAAGCUUCAGUGUGAGCUGUACCCCUCACGGCAGAUUGCCAUCUGCCUGGACCCCUACUGUGGCCUUGGCUUCGCCCUGUGGUGUCUGUGCAGCGUGUACUCUGGACACCAGUCGGUACUCGUCCCCCCACUGGAGCUGGAGAGCAAUGUGUCUCUCUGGCUGUCCGCCGUCAGCCAGUACAAGGCCCGAGUCACCUUCUGUUCCUACUCAGUGAUGGAAAUGUGCACCAAGGGCCUUGGUGCUCAGACAGGCGCCCUCAGGAUGAAGGGGGUGAACCUGUCGUGUGUGCGCACGUGCAUGGUGGUGGCUGAGGAGCGGCCCCGGAUCUCGUUGACACAGUCCUUCUCCAAGCUAUUCAAAGACCUGGGCCUCCCUGCUCGCGCUGUGAGCACCACCUUCGGGUGCAGGGUCAACGUGGCCAUCUGCCUCCAGCCCAACAGGCUGGGAAAACUAGCUGAGCAGGGCACAACAGGCCCAGAUCCCACGACGGUCUAUGUGGACAUGCGGGCACUGCGCCAUGACAGAGUUCGUCUGGUGGAACGGGGUUCUCCGCACAGUCUGCCGCUGAUGGAGUCUGGGAAGAUUCUUCCAGGAGUGAAGGUCAUCAUCGCACACACUGAGACCAAAGGGCCCCUCGGAGACUCACACCUGGGUGAGAUCUGGGUGAGCAGCCCCCACAAUGCCACUGGGUACUACACGGUCUAUGGGGAGGAGGCACUUCAUGCUGACCACUUCAGUGCCCGGCUGAGCUUUGGAGACACCCAGACCAUUUGGGCAAGGACUGGCUACCUUGGCUUCCUUCGCAGGACAGAGCUGACUGAUGCCAGUGGAGAGCGACACGAUGCGCUGUAUGUUGUCGGCUCUCUGGACGAGACGCUGGAGCUGAGGGGCAUGCGCUAUCACCCCAUCGACAUCGAGACCUCUGUGAUCCGGGCACACAGGAGCAUCGCGGAGUGUGCCGUGUUCACCUGGACCAACCUGCUGGUGGUGGUGGUGGAGCUCGAUGGUCUGGAGCAGGAUGCCCUGGACCUGGUGGCCCUGGUGACCAAUGUCGUGCUGGAGGAGCACUACCUUGUGGUGGGCGUGGUGGUCAUUGUGGACCCUGGAGUGAUCCCCAUCAACUCCCGGGGCGAGAAGCAGCGCAUGCACCUGCGCGACGGCUUCCUGGCCGACCAGCUGGACCCCAUCUAUGUGGCCUACAAUAUGUGAGCCCACUGGACAGAGCUAGCUGUGUGAACCAGCGGAGGCAAAGCUGGCUGCAGGGUUCCUGCCCUGGGGGAGGGGUCUCAGGCUUCAUCAGCUCAGAGCUGCGUGCUGUUCAGACCCUCAGCAGUGUCCUGAACGACCAUCAUGUUAGAACGUUCUCGGAACCAACAAAAGCAGUGUUUUGGAUCUGCCAGGGAUAUCUACCAAAACCUAGGUGACUGGGAAGGGAAGGCAAGGCCUGGCGUUCCGCUGCGGACAUUGCCACGCCACGGCUGUUCUCUGCCCUACUGCAAGCUUGCACUUUUUUUAGGGUAAAAAGUUAUUCCUGAUUUCUAAAUAUAUAAUUUCCUGAUUAUUUAUUCCCACUUGUAAUAAGAAGCAUAUAUGUCAAGCCUAUGCUGGAGAGAACUUUUGAGCCAAGCCUGCUUAGGAAGGCUGACGAAGAGAGCAGCCCCGUUCCCCACGCAGCCACACAGCUUCCUUUGUCCAGUGCGAUUACUGAAGCGGUGGCCUGCCUGUGUGUGUGUCAUCACUGAUGCUCAGCAAGUGCCAUUUCGGACUGUCUAGUUAGAUCCUGUGUCAGAGAGAAACCAGCAUUAAUUUAAAAUUAAUUUAAAGGUAACGUGGUGACCUUUAAACUGCAAGUUCUCACAACAUCACAGUAUCCAUCCUCUCGUGAAGCAUACGGAAUUAUUUUUGUGAACAGAUCUGGACGAAUGAGUGGCACCCCGAGGUCUCCUCACCCGUGUGUCAGCCAGGCCUCUCACUCAGCUGCGUCACCAUGGGAGCCCGUCUGUCUAGGGUGGACAUAGCUGCAGCCUCUUGGCUUUGCAUUUGAGUUAUGUGCCUAUAAAACUUGGCCAAACCGUUUUUAGUUAUUUUAUCCAAACUUGAAAUCCGAGUGAUCUAAUAUUGUACUUAAGUCAGAAAAGAGAAUGUAAAAUCUUUUAGAUACUUAUAAGAGUUUGAUGUCAAGCAUGAAUCUAAGAUUAUUUUUAUAUAACUAAUGAAAGAUUAAUGUUAUCGGGUUGUUGGGGUUUAGGGGUUUGGAAGGAUGGAGAUGUUUAAGAAUCGUAUAGAGACAGCUAGAUCUUUCUAGAGUUGUCCUGGACUUGUGCUUCGGUGAGUCCAGCUAACUGGUUCUACCCUCCUAUCUCACAUCGGGAAGCACUACGUGGUGUAGCCCUGUUGCUCAUGGUAUCGAACUGUGGUGUAGUAUGUUAAAACAUGCUGGAGCUGUAAUAAUCCUGUUAUAACCAUGUACAGAAUCCACAUGAGUCUAGCAGCAGACCCACCGACAGGGUGCGCGGUGGACGGCCGAGAAGGGGCCCGAACUACCUAGCCACCAUCUCAACGCUGUAGUUUUAUAGCAGACGGCGCCUGUAAACUUUUUGUAUUGAAAAUUCAGUGGCGGUGAGAACAUAUCUGUUAAGAUUUUAAGAAUCAUAUUAAAAUGUUUUAAGAUUACUCUCUGGGAAUUCUGUAGAUCACACUAAUUUUUUAUAUCAUGUUAAUAAAAGCUAUUGACUUUGUAAUUCUGCAUUUUGAAGUGUGUGAAAGGGUUUUAAAAGUUUCCCAAAGUGGGAUGUAUUUUAUUAUGCAUUAGUUCUUUCAGAAAUAUAAACACAAUUAUGCUUAUUAUAUGAAAUCUAGAAAACACAUUGAAGGGUCAGAGAGGAAAUUUAAAAUCUUCCAGAGUCCUACUUACAAGUGACAGCAGCCUUAAGAUUGCCAAGAAUCUCAGGGGGUUUUAGCCUUUAAAACUUUUUCUAAACAAAAUUAGGACCACAUACUUAUUUUAUAAUCUGCUCUUGUACUUAAUAAAUUACAGACUUUUGAAUACAUUACAUACAUUCUACAUGUCUUAGUGACGGCACUGUGCCAGCACCGCCUCCCCAUUGUACCGUGAGUCACCUCCCCGGUGCCCACUCUGAUUUCCACGGUGGUAUGUCUGCCUAGCCUCAGCUCUGCUUGUCGCAUGGGUAGGUCGGAGUUUGCGGUGGGUGUGGUGCCUGGACACCCAUUACCCCAAGAAGGGCCACAUGGGAGAGGUCACAGCCCCAGCACUGGUUACUACCCCUUGGCCACUGUCACCAUCCUGGGGAACAAAUGGCCUCAACUCGUCCUUUCCUGUUCUCUUCUUGGGUACCUUGUGGUGAAAGCCUGGAGUCUCCUCCCUGAGCUGCUGCUCUGCUCAUGUCGUUUGGAGAAGAUCGGCCACCACAGAGCACCUCUCCAGAGAGGGCCAGGCUGAGAGUGCAGCUUCUCAGCAGGGUUGGCUCAGGAGCCCCGCUCACCAGAGGGCAGGACCUGGUGCCCUGCCCACACCCAGCAAAUAAAGUAUCACUUGGGGCGGGGACAACAUAUAGCAAGGGAGCUUUCAUUGGUAUGAAAUUCCUGUCGAGCUCUAGUCUCACGGGCAAGAACCUCCCGUCAGUCACCACAGCUGCCUUCCUAGAGGGGUUCAGGAGGCGUGGCAAGGCAGAUAUCCUGACCAUGUGUCAAAACUGUGACCAUGUGUCAAAACUUGUCCCUAUGAGGCUGGGGACAAGAGGACUCAGGGAGCCCCUGUAGAUAGCCCUCGGCAGCUCUGGUCCCCCACAGUGCCUUCCAUGUGCCCCCAGCCCCAUGCAUUGCCAGGUUCUGGUCUUCAGUGCUGCCCUGAACUCUCUCACCGUUCUUCAUAGCUCCAUGUGGUAGGCCCCUUGGUCUCCAGGAGGGCUAACUAGGAGUAGGUUGCUGGGGCAGGCCUUGAAAGGUGUACCAGUCUCCUGUCCUUUUCAAUCUACUUCCUACCUGCCCCGGUGUGACCUCCACCACCAUGUCCUUCCCUCUAUGAUGAACCUCCAAAAGCAGGAGCUAAACAAAUAUUUAUUCUUCUUCCGUUAAGUCGGGAAUUCUGUCACAGUGGUAAGAAAGCUAACAGGUGAUCCAGCCAGGGCAGAAAAUUGCCUGUCAGAGCCACAUCAUAGUCUCUGGUCAUGGGGCGAUCUGAUUCUGUGCAGCCUUUGACCGUUGAAGAGCCUCCCGAAGUUCUAGAGUUCUAGCUGCCUUUCACCCACCCUUGGGCUCUUUUUUUUUUUUUUCCGGAGCUGGGGACCGAACCCAGGGCCUUGCACUUGCUAGGCAAGCGCUCUACCACUGAGCUAAAUCCCCAACCCUCACCCUUGGGCUCUUAAGGGUGGGUGAUUUUUAUUUCUUCAGUGGUGAUGGAGAAUUGUUAACAGUUUUUAUUUUACCCAAGGGCAUUGUUCAGUUGUCUUAAUGAACUUCUAAGUCUCGACUCCUAAAAAAAAAUAAUAAAUAAUAAAUAACAGUACUAAAAAAAGAGGUGGGUGAGAGCAAUUAGAAUUUUCCUAGAAUGGCUUUUUAAUACUUGCAAUGCGGUUUUUAUUUAUCUGUAACUUGGAUUGUUUGAACCUUCGGCAUUCAAAUAUGCAGGUUAGAAAGCAUCAAGUCCGGCUUCCCACAGUCCUCGGCUCGCAGCCUUGCCGAGUGUUAAGCAGGCCCUAGGCACCAGCAGGUCAGACAUGACACCCAGCAGCUAAAGGACACAUCUCAGUGGCCCUUCAUUCCUCAGCAGCUCACCCUGCAAGUCUCACCCUAGAGGGUCACUCACAUUAUGGGCAGCAGAGGGAGAGAGGAAGAUACAGCUAGAAAAAGACCUGACACUCUCUCCAGUGCCCUCCUCUGUCCGUGUCCUAUGGGGACAAUGGUGUCAUCCUGAAAGGAGACGUCUACUGAGCAGAAUUUUGAUUCUCGGUCGUGAGUUAGGAUGCUAAUACUUAGUGUGCGAGAUCUAAUCGUUCCACCAGUUAGAACUGUUGGUGUCAAAUACGUACUUAGUAACAAACCACGGUUCACUGUGGAAGAAGAGACUUGAGUGGGCUGUCCUUUUGGGCUGGGGGUGGUGGGAGGGUGUGGGUGAUAGGUCUAACUUUCCGGGGCAUCGUUUGCACAGAGGACAAGCAGUUGUAAGGGCGAGCCAACCUCUUCGGGUGGCAGUGGAUCCAGCUGUGGGUCUGUAGAUGCAUGGACAGCAUACAUUACACCUAAGAAAGCUGUCCAACGGAGGUGCUAUUGGUAGUCUGCCUUGAUUCUUACAGGUGACCCUUCCACAGGAGCAUGGUGGUCUACAACCAGUGCUAUACCCACAGAGUGUUGAUUUCGUCCCCUCAGUGACUCUUAUCAAUAGUUCCCGGGACCAUUCAGCUCACAGGAAUACCUAGUGUAGCAGAAACGAUGUGCUAACUUAAAGCAGCCCUUGGGAACGGGGUCAGAGUUUCAUCCCUGAAGCAAAUCAAGCUUCCUAAUUAGUUAUAUGCGUCUAGAGAGCGCAGCUCCUUCCAGCCCACGAGCCUUCUGCCGUGCCUCCUCUCGUGGCCCUCAUGUCUGCCACGGGGAAACGGCUCAGCCACUUUUUUUUUUUUGUCUCACUCAUGUUCAAAGAACUCAUGACAGGCUGUGGUCACCAUGGAGACGAAGGCCAUAAACUCCUGGAAGUCACACUCCCCAUCCCC